AGAUGACCAGAGACUGCGGACAUAGUACAGGAGAUGACCAGAGACUGCGGACAUAGUACAGGAGAUGACCAGAGACUGCGGACAGUACAGGGGAUGACCAGAGACUGCGGACACAGUACAGGAGAUGGCCAGAGACUGCGGACACAGUACAGGAGAUGGCCAGAGCCUGCGGACACAGUACAGGAGAUGACCAGAGACUGGGACAUACUACAGGGGAUGACCAGAAACUGCGGACACAGUACAGGAGAUAGCCAAAGACUGAGGACACAGUACAGAAGACCAGAGACUGCGGACACAGUACAGGAGAUGACCAGAGACUGCGGACACAGUACAGGGGAUGGCCAGAGACUGCGGACCCAGUACAGGGGAUGACCAGAGACUGCGGCGGUCCCAGUACAGGGGAUGACCAGAGACUGCGGACCCAGUACAGGGGAUGACCAGAGACUGCGGACCCAGUACAGG